UCACCUUACGGUGCGUUUCCCAAAGGGCAACAAUGGAGAUCAAAUCGGAGGUUUCUACUCUCCUUGAGGAAGAGAAAAGGGACAGGCCAGAAGAAGAAGAAGAGGAUAUCGUUUGCUUGGACGAAGCUUUCUUCAUCAAUGACAAUUACCAGUUAACUACUUACACAUUUGGGUCUCAUGUGCUUCAGCUCUUUUGUCUCCAAUCAGCUUCUAGACAAUUGGUAUGGCCUGGUGCGAUGCUUUUGAAUGAUUAUCUCUCUAAAAAUGCUGAGAUGCUUCAAGGAUGUUCCAUAAUUGAAUUAGGCUCUGGUGUAGGUAUUACUGGCAUGCUCUGCAGCAGAUUUUGUCAUCAAAUUCUUUUGACUGAUCAUAAUGAUGAAGUGCUGAAGAUCCUGAGGAGAAACAUAGAGCUGAAUACAUCUUCUGAAAAUCCUAGUUGCAGUGCUGCACUAGAUGCUGAGAAGCUAGAGUGGGGAAAUUCUGAUCACAUUAACAGGAUUUUGCACAAAUAUCCUGGAGGUUUUGAUUUGAUACUUGGUGCUGACAUUUGCUUCCAGCAGUCAAGUGUUCCUUUGCUUUUUGAUACUGUAGAACAGCUCCUGCGCAACAGGGGAUGUGGCCAUUGCAAAUUCAUACUAGCAUAUGUAUCUCGAGCAAAAAUGAUGGAUUCAAUGGUUAUUACAGAAGCUACUCGGCAUGGUAUGCUGAUAAAUGAAGUAGCUGGGACACGCUCUGUGGUUGCAAAUCUCGAAGGAGUCAUCUUUGAGAUCACCCUUUGCUAGAGGUGCUGAAUAUUCACAUUGGACAGGAGAAUAUGUGGAGAAGCUAGUAAUAUACAUGAGGGCAGAACAAAGGAAUGAUAUCUAAUGUGAAUAUGGUUUAACUAGCCGCUAGAUGUUUCAUUUUUGUAUGCAAUGCUGCCACAGCAAGAUUCUUACUUUAUGGGAAAAGGAUUUAGAUGGUGAGUAGAAUUUUGCUUUCAAAAUAUCUUGUUACUUAUAUCUAAGUCCUGUCUCUUAAAUUUUGAAUGCACUUAAUUACAAUGUUCUUAGGACUGGAAAGAGAUGCACUACAUUGGAUUGAAUUGCCUUUUUAUAUUUGUUGAUUCAGAAGCCCCAUUAGUCCAUUUGGGUACCAUGUAAUUUUAGUUGUUGGGUUGUUCAGAAUUGUUCUGUAACAUUUGCCAUGGCUGCAGACUUUCAAUUCCAUGACAAGUAUCUUCAUGAGUUCAAUACUAUUCUGG